GAAACUGGAAAGGUGGAAUAAAAGAUGUCAACACUGUUCUAUUAUUCUCUAUGAUAAAGAUUUGUCAUCGCCAGUUGACGUCUGUUUUGUUCGUUCGUUGAAAAAAUCUAAAUAAUGGCGACUGAAGUAGAAGACACCAUCAAGAGAAUCCAGGCCCACAAAGGUGUUAUGGGUGUAGUGAUAGUCAAUCAUGAAGGCAUACCAAUAAAAAGCUCCUUGGACAAUGCCACUUCUGUACUGUAUGCUGGUUUGAUUGGACAAUUGACAGAAAAAGCAAAGAAUGUUGUGAGAGAAAUGGAUUCGACGAAUGAACUGUCCUUCCUUCGGGUGCGAAGCAGAAGACAUGAAAUCCUGAUUGCUCCAGAUCGGGAAUUUAUACUCAUUGUUAUUCAAAACACAUCAGAUUAGUUUGACAAUAACAAAAAUUGAGGACUUUGCACUAGUUUUAAGAAUUAAUAUACACUAAGGGUGCUAUUUCACUUAUACAAUUCUUUGUCCAAUAAUAUUGCACUUUCUUGUCAUAAAAGAGAUGGCAAAUUAGUCAAAGAAUUAGGUAAGUGAAACAGCGAAGUUAAAAUCAAAGUUACAAUAAUAUAUUCAUUAUCUAUCCAAGAUUUGACAUUGAAUGGAAGCGAACUUUGGCGAACUGUUUAUAACUUACAGCCGGCAUAUCGUUGUGCACAUGAACAAAAUUUUGUUUGAAUACGUCUAUUCACAACACCACCGCUCAGUGUCCAAUUAGGGCAGAUAAGGGAGUAUUAGCUAUAAAAGUCAAACCUUUUUUUAUAACCAUAAGCUUAAUAUAUUUUGGAGUGUAGAUUGAAAGUUUUCGCAAUAUUUUUAACAGUUUUUUUUGUACUCUUGCAUAAUUAUUUCCUACAGCUUUUUUAUUUAUAUUUCGAUUAUAUUAUAGCUUUGUUAGUAUGUAAGUGUAUUUUGAGUUGUAAAGUCAGGUUAUGAUACGACAUUGUCAAACCUUUAAAAAAUGUUGCAUUUCACUCCACCUAUCAUAAAAUAUCGUAUUGAUGGUAACAUUUGAAUAAAAUUACCUAAUAGAUUGAACGUUAUAUUUUGUAAGUAAAAUAUUUAUUUUAAUCCUGGUAUAUAAAUAA